UGUUUUUCUCUAGCUACGUAGCUCGGGGCUCAAAGCUUGACUUCAGUAGCAACAAAGCUCUAUUCCUCAGCCGACCAUUGCAGUGAGCAGUCAGAAACCCGUCGUGUCUCUCUCCGAGGCCGGAUGGUAAAAUCCAACCUCCAGCGGAUCUUAAACAGUCAUUGCUUUGCUCGCGAGAAAGAAGGAAAACCCCAGUACUAUACUACCAUGGCGGAUUUAAGUAGUAGUAUUUGUGACAUGAUUGGCAACCUGUCCCUUCACUGUUGUAGUACCCGUGGUCCGGGGCCUCUGUGGUGCUCCGAUGCCCCUCUCCCACCCCUGAAGAUCCCAGGUGGGCGAGGGAAUGGUCAACGGGAUCACACUCCUUCAUCUCGGCCGCUAUACUCAGACAAGAAGUUGACGGUGACAGAAGAGCCGCCGGGGAACGGUCGCCCCAGGAUUCUCCACUUCCAGAGCCGCCCUACAGCUUCCAAGGUGAUCCACUGGGACGCAGUGCUGAGCGGGAACGCUCUAUACGUGGAGAUACCAACGGACCUGCUCCCCGAGGGCAGCAAGGAGAGUUUUGCGGCUCUUUUGGAGUAUGCGGAAGAAAAUCUUAAAGUUGUCAGCGUGUUCGUCUGCUUUUACAAGAACCGAGAUGAUCGCGCUAAACUUGUGCGCACAUUCAGCUUUCUGGGCUUCGAGAUUGUGAAACCGGGCCAUGUCCUCGUACCACCUAGACCUGACGUUUUCUUCAUGGCUUACAACUUCGACAGGGACUCUUCCUCUGACGAGGAUUAGCCCUGAUCUCUGUGGGGAGUUCCAGAAUGUUGGAUCAUCAAUUUGGCCAGCUAACUUUUAUCCUUAAGGUUGCUAUAUGUAGGCGUAGCUCUUGAUUUCUCUUAUUUAGAAAGCUCAAAUUGAAUAUGGUUUUGUUGGUUGUCAAGUCAAUUAUACCAUGCCAAUUUUAAGUCCAUAUUUUUAAGAAAGAUUCAGUUACGACAUUCUAGCUGGCUAAGUAGCUUAUUGAUCCUACUUUCUGUUACAGAUCCCCCUUCCUGCCUGGAUCCCACUCAGAAUUGUGCUGUUUUCACUGUUGUUUCACCAGCAGUUUCAAUGAAGAGAUGGUUCAGCCAGACUGAAGUCUGAUGGCCAGGCUAUGAUGACUCCAAUUGUGAUGUGAAACAACUGUGUUAAACAGCGCAAAUCAGGUUGUGAUUCAGGCUUACCCCUUUCUGGUACCACCCAACCCCGCCUUUCCCUAAUCUCCCAUGUGACCCGUGCUUACAGCCCUCCAUGCUUUUGUGUUCAAAGAAAGCGGAUGAUUAGUUUAGAUAAUGUAUCUCCCGAUUUCACAGCUUGGCUGAAAUGUCUCGCUUUACUCUCUGUGUUAAGUUCUUUAUUUGGGUUUCAUUGGUAUUUUAUUCGACACUUAAGACUGAACCGUGUUUUCAAGGACUUUGAGCAUGUUGCAAUUCUCAUAACUAUUGUCAUCAAUCGAUUAUGUCUGCUGUUUAUAUAUUUUUUUGUUGGUAUUUUUAUUCUUGUUGACAGAUGGAAGAAGGAUUCUUCAUUUCUUGAAUGUACAAAAAAACAGGUCAUCAGGUUUACACUUGGGUACUCUAGCUUUUAAUUUGAUUGGCUAUGUUCUAAGAUAUGCUUGUAUUUCAAUUGAUACAUGUGGUAUAUACUUUUCAUUGGCUAAGAUUUAACAAGUGAAAUGUCCACCCACAAACAUUUAGAUGGAAUCACAUUAAUAGGAAAUCUGGUUGAAAAAGAGACAAAUGUUGUAAUAUAGUGUGUAAAAAUAGCUUUUAAGCAACAAUAAAUGCCCCAAUAUUGGUACUUCAUAGCUGAAUAAUAGCCCUUUAGACUAGCAGUGCCGAGAGCACAGGUAAAUGCGGUUUUGUAUAGCUGGUUUGGGUGCUUCAAAUUGAGAUGUAAUAUGACUAGUGAAUUGAUGCAACAACAGAAGAGAAAAA